AAUCUUUCGCUUACGCCCUGUAGGGCUUCUUCCACCUCUCACACUGCAGCGCUCUCGUGCCCAGUAUAUCUUCCAUGGUCUGAGAAGACUAAGCUUCCAGUGUCGACUCGUCCCUCACCCACGACAGCAGCCAGACAUCCAUCAAGUUCAAGAAGCCGAGCCUCUCCCUUCAAUCGUUCCUCACGCCCGACCGUAUCAUCUGGCUGGCCAAUCCAUUUUCUCGCACGCUACUGGUCCUAGCCUAGUUUGAUACUGCUCGCAGACAUGUCGCAACAACUCCCAUCAAAAGAGCAAACGCUCUUUCGGCACCUUGUCCAGAACUACGAAUCGAAGCAGUACAAGAAAGGUCUGAAAGGCGCCGACCAGAUCCUCAAGAAACACCCGACACAUGGCGAUACACAAGCGAUGAAGGCGCUGAUCCUCAACACUCAGGGCAAGUCAGACGAGGCAUUCGAUCUCUGCAAGCAAGCGCUGAAGAAUGCCAUGAAAUCGCAUGUGUGCUGGCAUGUCUACGGUCUUCUCUGGCGCAGUGUUAAGAAUUACGAGGAAGCGAUCAAGGCGUAUAGGUUCGCAUUGAAGCUGGACCCGGAGAGUCAGCAAAUACAAAGAGACCUCGCCCUGCUGCAGGUGCAGAUGAGAGAUUAUGCAGGAUUUGCGGCAAGCAGACACCAGAUGCUGCAGGCUAGGCCCCAAAUGCGGCAGAAUUGGACAGCUUUGGCCGUCGCACAUCAUCUCGGCGGCGAUCUUGACAAGGCAGAGAAUAUCUUGCAUCGAUUCGAGGAGACGCUGAAGACCACGCCAUCCAAGAGUGAUAUUGAACACGCAGAGGCUGUGUUGUACAAGAAUACGAUCAUCGCGGAACAGGGCGACUACCAGCGAGCAUUGGAGCAUCUUGAGUCAAUAUACAGAACAGCAUUGGAUCGAACGGCAGUCAUGGAGUACAAGGCGGCAUAUCUGCUCAAGCUUGACAAGAGGGCUGAAGCUGAAAAGGCAUAUCGCGCACUUUUGGAUAGGAACGCGGAGAAGAGAGAAUACUAUAAUGGCUUGGAGAAGUCGCUCGGACUCGAGCGUGCGAGUUCAGAAGACGAGGAGAAGCUGAAGGAAAUGUAUCAAUACUAUGCGGACAAGAAUAUUCGAAGUGAUGCUGCUAGGCGGAUACCACUCGACUUCCUGACCGGCGACUCAUUCCGAAAGCAUGCCGACUCAUACCUCCGAAGGGCCUUCACGAAGGGUGUUCCAAGCACGUUCGCCAAUGUCAAGCAGCUCUACUCGGACUCUGCGAAACGUGACACCAUUCAGCAGCUUGUCGAAGAAUAUGUCAACGAAGAACCUCAGGCAAACGGAGGAGCGGAACAAAAUGGCAGCGCCGAUGGCUCUCACAAGACGAAUACCACAUCGAAGAAGCAUAGUUGGCCUUUGAGCGUGAACUACUUCCUGGCUCAGCAUUACAACUAUCACCUGUCUCGCGACCUCGCAAAAGCACACACUUACAGCGAGAAGGCGAUAGCAAUCAACCCAAGCAAGACCGACUACACGUACCAUAUGACUCGCGCUAGGAUAUUGAAGCACAAGGGCGACGUCCCAGGAGCAUCGAAGGCGAUGAACGAGGCGCGGGAAAUGGAUCUAAAGGACCGGUACAUCAACACUAAAUGCGCCAAGUAUCAGCUCCGAAAUGAUGAGAACCAGGCCGCUCUCGAUACCAUGGGCCUGUUCACACGCAAAGAGGCUGUUGGGGGCCCACUCGGUGACCUCCUCGACAUGCAGUGCGUCUGGUUCAUCACCGAAGACGGCGAGUCCUACCUUCGACAAGGAAAAUACUCGCUAGCGCUGAAGCGUUUCAAGGCACUCUAUGAUGUUUUUGAUGUGUGGCAAGAAGAUCAAUUUGACUUCCACACCUUUUCACUCCGGAAAGGUAUGAUCCGAGCAUACAUUGACAUGGUCCGAUGGGAAGACAAGCUCCGCGAGCAUCCAUUCUUCUCGCGAGCAGCAUUAUCGGCAAUCAAGGUGUAUUGUCUCCUUCACGAUCGGCCCGAAAUAGCGAAAGGUGGAGCAAAUGGCGCAGAGAGCGCUGCAGACAAGAAGAAAGCUGCGAAGAAAGCGAGAAAAGAAGCUGAUAAGGCUGAAGCGGAGCGAAAAGCGGCUGCAGCCAAGAAGGCCAACCCGGCGCCGAAAGAUGGCGAGGAGACUGCGAGAAAAGAAGAUCCGGAUCCAGAAGGCUUAGAGUUGCUGAAGACCGAGAAGCCGCUCGAGGAGGCCAUGAAGUUCCUUCAGCCUCUCCUUGAUCUGAGCCCGAACGACAUCAAUGCUCAGAUCGCAGGUUUCGAGGUCUAUCUCCGGAGAAAAAAAUACCUUCCUGCCCUUCGAUGCCUCCUCGCAGCUCACAAACUCCAGCCUGACCACCCAAAAUGCCACGAGCUUGGUGGUCGCUUCAAGCUCGCCCUCGACACGAACAACACAUUGAAAUCACUACCUGAGCCGGUGCAGAAGGUAAUACAAGAACACUACCUUUCUAAACUGUCGCCAAAAUCGUUAGAAGAGUGUAACGAGGAGUACUUGACACAGCACAACAGCAGUGUCCCUCACAUCCAAUCAGUCGUCUACUUCAGACACAUUCUUAAGCCCAACGAUGAGUCGACACGCACGAGAGCCGUGAAGGAUCUCCAAACCACGCUCACCGCACCACACAUCACAAUUGAGGAGGCACAGCAUGGUUUACAACUUCUGAAAGAUCUUGGCGUUUCGGAGGCGGAGCGGAAAAGCUAUGUUGAUGCAGCUCUCAAGAAGUUUCCCGAAGCUACUUUGUUCAAAGCAUGAGAGCCAUGAGGCAUUGGUAUUUGGUGUUCAAAAUGCUCAUGUUCAGGCAAGCAUGGCGCUACGAGAGUAAUUAGAGGUGCAGACGAUUCCCAGUCCCACAUAUGCAUAGCGUUGGGACAAGCAAAAAUCGAAGAAUGAUUUC